AUGUUGGCUUUUAAUAACACUUUCUUUAAUUGGCCCACUUUCUCCUUCAUUGGUGUUCUUGGUCUGGAGGCUGCACAUAUAUGGAUCUCCAUCCCCUUCUGUGUCCUGUACCUCAUAGCCCUUGUGGGUAAUGCCGUUCUUCUUAUCCUAGUUAGAGCAGAGAAGAAUCUUCAUGAACCUCAGUUCUAUUUUUUGGCUAUGCUAGCCCUUACUGAUCUAGGCCUUUCAUUGUCAACAAUGCCUAGUGUCUUGGCUAUCUUCUGGUUUGAUGUCCGCGACAUUGGCCUUAAUGCCUGCCUAACUCAGAUGUUCUUCAUCCACACCCUCUCCUCAGUAGAAUCAGGUGUCCUGGUGGCCAUGGCUUUUGAUCGUUUGGUAGCUAUCUGUGCUCCAUUAAACUAUACCAAGAUCCUUACCCACUACACCGUUGCCUGCCUUAGUGGAGCUGCCCUCAUACGAGGUGCCACUCUGCUGGCUCCUCUGCCUUUUUUCCUUAGGACUUUUCCUUUCUGUGGGGCCAAUAUCCUCUCACACUCCUAUUGCUACUACCCAGAUAUGCUGAACUUAGCCUGUGGGGACAUUACCUUCAGCAGUGCCUAUGGAUUGGUUUUUGUUCUCUGCACAUUUGCAGUGGAUGUUGUUUUCAUCUUAGCUUCAUACAUGAAGAUCUUGGACACUAUUAUGAAGCUGGAGACUCAAGACAGAAACUGGAGGUCACUGCACACCUGUGCCUGUCACCUAUGCACGGUGCUUGUGUUCUACCUGCCCCUAAUCAGCUUGGCAGUGCUGCAUCAUUAUACCCAGGACACUUCCCCAAUUCUGUAUACCACCAUGAGUAAUGCCUACCUCCUCAUGACACCACUGCUUAACCUUCUCAUCUAUAGUCUCAAAUCCCGGCAGAUCCAGGCUGCCCUGCGCAAGCGAUUUUGGGUGCAACGUGUCAUUGCUGGGGAAUGA